GCUACGCGUUUACUUAGUGUGACUGGAAAAUGGCCCUUCCUUCGCGUAAGAAUGUGCACCGCGCUCAGCGCAAGAAUGUCAAGAAGCACCGCCCUGAUAUUAUUGUGAUUGACCUCAAGGGCCACGUGCUGGGGCGUGCUGCGGCUGUAGUCGCCAAGCAGUUGCUCCUGGGAAAGAAGAUCACCGUGGUGCGCUGCGAGCAGCUCAACAUCGCGGGCACGGAGAUUCGUAACAAGAUCAAAUACCUCCAGUUCCUCCGCAAGCGCAAGCUGACCAACCCCACGCUAGGUCCCUUCCACCACCGUUCCCCCUCGGAUAUCUUCGUGCGCACCGUCCGCUCCAUGCUGCCUCGCUACACCAAGCGUGGUAUGAAGGCGCUGCACUCUCUCGUCGCCUACGAGGGUGUGCCCCCGAAUGUUGUCCGUACCGGCGGUCGCGUUGUGAUUCCGCGUGCGCAGCGCCACAACUGUUACCGCUCGGAGCGCCCAUACACUGUCCUUGGUAACAUGUGUAAGCAUGUGGGCUGGAAGUACAGCGGCGUUGUUGAGAAGCUUGAGAAGGCCCGUAUUGAGAAGGCACAGCGUCACCAUGAUAAGAAGGAGAAGCUCCGUCAGGCUUGGAGUGAUGCGCGCAAGGAGGCGCUUCAGAAGAUGCCCAAGCAUAACGUCGAGGUCCUCAAGAAAUUUGGUUAUGCUUAAAAGAAACGCAUGCUAUUUUAUGCUAAUUUGAUUCUAUUAUUUUUACUUUUCAAAUACUAUAUUAUGGAGUG